AGUGGAGUGGUUCUAGAAUCCAGCUUCUAGAUCUAGACUAGUCUAUAUCUUAAUAAAUAGUAGCUUCUUAAACAAAAUCGGUAAAAUCACGAUAUAGCGUCGGUUAUUAUUCCGGAACUGUACAGCAGUAAAAAAACAGUAAAACCAUGGCGUAGUCUGUCGAGCCGUUCCGGAAACCACCGGAAAUACUGUAAACCAUCAUUUAUUUGCCGCCAUAUUAUUUUUAGUACAUAAUGUUUAAAAAUGUGCAAGGAUUGAUUUUAGUUGCAUUUUAAAUACUGUUUUCCUAAUUAUUUUGUAUUUCUAACUAUUUUAAGUGUAAGUGCUAAUUAUUGCUGCUACUAAACAUUAUUCUAGUUAUUCUUACUACUUUUAACUUUAGUUAAUCUAGCCUAAUCGUCUUAUUUACUAACAGAACUAGAUCUAGAGCUGGUUGUCGCAAAUCUUCUGCAGAUUUUAUCUGUUUCUUAAAAAAAAACCAUUAAUUACUACACUCGACUUUAUUAAUAAUAUUUAGAUUUACUAAGUGUUGCUAAUUUUUUGUCAGUUAAACAUUAAAUUAAGUUAAAACAUUAAUUUAAUGCACUUGACUUUAUUUUUCUUUCACCGGUCAAAUAAAGUAUGGUUUACAGUAACGAAUGUUACCGAAACUCAACGAACAUUACCCAAUAAUUUCCGACGCUAUAUCGUGAUUUUACCACAAAAUCAUCUGUAAUGCUAGAGUUUCAUUAAAGAAUACUGGCAGGAAAGAACUUUUGGAGGGAUGUCAGUUACAUUGACCGUAACAGAGUCACAAUCCAUGAAGGAUAACCCAGUAAACAGUUCUAGCUCAAAUGGCAAGAAUGAAGGAAGGGAGGCAGAUUUAAUUAUAUUUGAUCACACAACCAAAGGUUUAGGUUUAAAAAUUUGUGGUGGUUGCAGUACUGAUGGACAGGAGGAUUAUGGAAUUUUUGUAAAAAGGGUGCUGCCUGGUGGUCUUGCAGAAUCUACAGGGGAAAUACAUGAUGGAGACCAAAUUUUGGAAGUAAAUGGACAACUGAUGCAAAAUGUAUCAUAUGAAAGAGCUGUGUCUAUGCUGCGCCAAGCAUCAGCCUCUAACCAUGUAGAAAUGGUAAUCACAAGAGAUGCAGAGUCAAGGCAGAAGUUUUCAGAAUACUUGAACAGAUUUGGGCCUAUUACUAGCCCAUACACAGUGGGGGAUCAAACUUAUGGCAUGCCUAUACUAGACUCUGAUUCAGAGUUUAGAGUAAAGACUGGAGGACAAUUGAAGAGCAACCCCUUAUACUUAGAUACCUCUGAAGAUCAGAGUGAUUUUAUAUAUUCAGGUGCAAAUGGUGACCCCAAUGGUCAUCUCAGUCCAACAUCUAGCUGCGCCAGCGAAUUAGCCAAUCACAUGGGGGACUCUUCAAACCCCCCUUUCUCUCUCCUCACACAAAGCAAUGGCGUCUCUGCUUUAAAAGUUAAAGCCACACCAUCAGAUCAUCUAGACUCUCUACUUUCCAAGAAAUUGUCCCAAGACCCAGGUCUAAAGAUGCAUAUUACUCAGUUGGAAGCAGCAUUAACAAAUCUGGGCUUACAAGUAACUCCAUCCUCUCAGUCACUGCUACAUCAACAGCUGAAUAUUGAUCAUUCAGGGAUGGUGCGCUUUGAAGACUUUGUUGAGGUUGCAAGAUCUGUUUAUGAAAAUGAUCUGGAACUUAUGAAAGGGCAAACAACUUUACACACACUGAAUGCUAAAAGUAUACAUACACCUGAGGAUUAUGCAAGUGUCAUUAGUGAAAGAGAUCAGUUAAAAGCAGAAGUUGCUGCGCUAAAAGAAGAGCUUAAAAAUAGAAACUUGGUCAGUCAAAAUGCAGAGGAACAGUUGUUGUUAAUUAGGAAGCAAGCACAAGCCUCUAUAGAAGAAGGGAGAUCACUCAAAAGUAAACUGCACUUGGCAGAGCAGGCCCAGACCAAGGCACAACAAACAGAAAGAGAUUAUGAGGAAGUGGUAACAAUGUUGGAAAAUGAAGUAGCACAACUCAGACUGCAAAUGUCUAAAUCAGAUGGUGUCAACAUGCAGAAAAGAUUGGCAGUUCUUGUGUGCCAGCUGAAGAAAGCUGAAUCCGGGAAAAAAACUUAUGAAGUGGCCACUGAGAAACUGAUGGGAUUUGUAGAGCAUUCACUUGACAUCUUUGGAUCUAUAGAUAACACAUCAAGAACACAGGGUGCAGAUGGUGGCAAUGGAGGCAAAGUCAGCAAAAAGGAACAGUUACAGAAGUUAUCCACUGAGGGGAGAGAGGUCAUUAAAGUUGUCAGGUCACUCAUGGAAACAAUCCCUCUACCAUUUGGUUGGGAAGAAGCCUACACAGCAGAGGGAGUCAAAUAUUACAUAAACCACCUAAAUCAAACAACCACCUGGACGCACCCUGUGUCCUGCAUGGAACACCAGACAUCCGCCAAAGUCCAAGCUCUCCCAAAUAGCCAGGGUCCAGCUUAUCAGAAAGUCCAGAAGCAUCAUCCAGCACCACCAGAUCCAGUCAAAGGUGCCCCUAACCACCAGUCUGUACAGAACCAUGUCCUGCCAUCUCAAGGCACCAAAACUAACACUGGUAAAGGUAGCUCACUUCCCCCAACUGGCAAACAUGAGCAUGUUCGGCCAGCACAAGUUGCCACCUGAAUCUGCAAUCUUAUAAAUAGUCAUUUGAUUAGAUUAACGUUGGGGGGUGGUGGUUUGUAAGUAAUAAACAAAGCAUUUAUUACAUGAAAAGGGUUGUUUUUUUUAAGGGAGGGGGUAGUACCUACUUUUACUGAGUGGGUAGAAUUUAUUUUUAGAGGGUUUACAACGCUCUCAUAACUGGCACUUUGUUACUUCUUCAGUAACUUAUGGUAGCCAAAAUGGUUGAUAACAUUCUAAACUUAUGUUCAGUUAAAAGAGAUUAAUGUCACUCAAAGUUUUUUUUUGUAACAGAUUGUUGAACAAAUGCAAUAUUUAUACCUGGCCUGUUUUGUGCCUUAGGUAAAUUUUUUGCAUGCAACACUGCAGUUUAUUACUUGUUCUGUUUAUCAUUUGUAAAUAUAUAUUUUUCUACUAUAGUCAUGAAAUCUAUAUACUCUCUAUUUACGCAAUUUUUUGUAAAGAUCUUUGAAGUAAUAGUCCUGUGAAUUAACAAUAUCACCAACAAUUAUGUUACUUUCAUCAAUUAAUACAAGCCAAUAUGACCAAGAAAAUUUAUAUAAGUUGAGUCCAAAAGCAUAAGAUGAAAAUUUACAAUUCAAUUCUACAGAAAAUGUUUAUAUAUUUAAAAAAAUAUUUUUAAAACAUAAAGAAAAAUCUCUUGAUCCCUGCAUAUAUUGUGAUACCACAAAAUGAUCUUUAAUCAGGUUGUGCCUUUUAUGUUUUAUAAAUAGACAUUUCUGUAAUUUACAAAUUUAUCUGAACAACUAGCCCCUAUAACAUCUGCAAUAUUUAUAUCAUGUAUUUUUGUAAUCAUUGUAACUUAAUUUUUCUGUAUCUCUGUUGUGCAUUUUUACUUCUUUAUUUAUAAGGCAAUAUACCAAAAGAUUUUUUUACAUCUCACCCUAAGUUAAAAAAAUUUCAAAUAUAGUUUAGACUCAUUAUAUUAUUUACACUAUGACUGCAAGGUAUGUCAAACCUACUUUCCUUUUUGUACAUCAAAUUCAUCAAUCAUUAAAAUUUUGUGAUCAAUCCACUUCAAUAAACCUUGCAUCGUUUAUAUUUUUGGUCCCAUUUUUAUGUUUAAAGUUGUGAUUAGAGUGGCAUCUUUAGUUGGCCAUUAUACAUUUUCUGUAAUUUAACAUAAAUUCCCUUUUGUUUUUACUUUACUAUCUGAAAGAAAAGUUUCUCUAUUUUUAGCAUUGACUAAAUAUGUUUACUAUAAAAAUUCGGCAUCAACACUUAUACACAAGUCGGGUUAACUAUACAACAAUAUUAUGUUUCUUUGCAUUUUGAACAUUUUUUUAAAUUAAUUUUUCUGUUUAAAAUCAAAAUAAUUGCUGUAGUUAGUGUGCAUGUCUAGCGAUAUAUUUUAUGUGUAUAAAAAAGUAAUGGACCUGUUGCUUAAACUUUGAAGUAACUUGUAUUGCCAUUACUAGUUGUGUUUUCAAAACAACGUAUGUGUUGUUGCACUGCAUAUUUUGGCCUCUUUUUUUUUUUUUGCUCAAAUCAAUACAUUUUUAUUUUAAAACACGAUUUAACCAACAGCAUAUAUAUUCAGUAUUUAUGUACAAUUCAUUAUACUUUCUGGAUGACUCAGCAAUCAUAAUCCAUUAUUAGACAUUUCUUAGUUGUUUUUUUUUGUAAAAUAUUUUUCAUUAAGUGUAUUUGAGUUUGUUUUUGGUAAAACAUUACUUAUCAAAAAGUAUGAACUAAUCAUCUGUGAUUAUCUCUAGUCACUUACAAGAUAUUAAUUUCGUUAGUUCAUGUAGCUCAGCCCAUUUUUCUAAUUUUCUGGGACAAUUUCAUUUAUUAAAUUAUGGUAAUACCAAUUUGGUUGUUAAGGUAAUCUAAAACUAAGCUUCCACAAUUCAUGUAAGUUGUGCGUCACUUGGAUUUCAAAUUAUGUACAUAGCAUUUUUACAGCUGCAUUUAUAAAUUAAAUUAUAAAAACCAUAAUCUUCCACCUUUACAAAGGUUAAUUUUAAACACAUUUUUUUAUUAACUUGUAAAAUUUAAAAAAAUUUUGUAAAUAAAACAUGACUUUAUUAUUCUAUAAAGCAUGAAAAUAUUAUUACUUAAAAUAAGGUACUAUGUAUUUUUUAUUUUUAAUAUCUCCACUAAUUUUUUUUAAAAAAACAUUGUGAUUAUUAUUUGCUCUUUAAUGUGUUGACAUUUUUUUUACAUUAGUCAAUGAAUUUCUCUACUAGUUAAAUUGAAAUGCUCUUUCUUUCAAUAUUGAUGAUAUUGUAGUAAAAAGAAUAUUAGUUUAGAGUUAGUUACCUUGGGAUUUUUAGUAUCUCUCACCCUUCUUCAGGGUUUAGCAGUUCAAGUAGCUUUAAAAAAAUAUAUAUAAUCUUAUUUCUGUGUGUAUCUUCGGUGUUGCUCUUGAUAAUAUUAGAUCUGAGCACAAAUUUAUUUUUUAUUUAUUUUUUGUAAAUCAUGAGUAUUAGUUUUAUUAGUAUUUUUUGUGAUUUAGACUGGAAUAGUGAUGUAAGAUGAACACACGUUUUUUUGUAUUGUGAACAUGUUUUUAUACUAUUACACAGUAAUGUUCUUCUAAAAAUUACACUUUAACAUCAACUUGUUAUGUAAGUGCUAGAUAUCUUCUUAGUCCCAUCUGUUCCAUGUUGAUCUACCAUCAUGAUAUUUCUGUGCUGCAAGAGCACUUUGUUUUUUCUAAUUCAGAUGCUCAUGUGUACAACUUACUAAUACAAUGACCCUGGUGGUAUGAACCCCUGAAUAACAUUUUGUUGUGACAGCUCCCUCCAUUAUUAUAGCCAUUGUUUUUUUUUUCCCUUUGAAUUUUAAACACUUUGUUGAGCGUAAUAAAUAUGCAUUAAGUUGCUAACUUUGGAUUAGAGAUGACACAGUUUUUCUAAUUUGUAGUCGGAAAUUAUUUUGGAGCAUUAGGCACUUUGUCAUUUCUUAGUAUUAGCCAGUGGUGACGCUAGGGUAUUUGCUUCUUGGUGAGAGACUACUGUUUAUUCCUCCCCCCUCCCCCACAUAAAAAAAAUAGUCUGUCGCCUAAUCUAAAAAACCAUUUUGAAAUGAGUAGUAAGGUUCUAAGAACGGGAUGUUAAUGUUACUCCACACACAAAAUUUUAUGCACAAUGUGUUUUUAAUGAGUUUUGUAUAAAAUCAUUUUUUUAAUAAAAUAAGCCACAAGCAGUUUUUUUAAUGCAUUGGAUAGAAAAUUGUAGUAUUUUUUAUGCACUAAAUGUGCAAUUUGACUUUCUGCUUUGUGUGCCAGACUAAUUUUUUAAAACUAAGUUGAUGCCAUUUUUUUUUCUUAUUGUGGUGCAUGGCUAACACCAGCCUGACUGCCUUUGCUGUGCAACUGGUAGUAACACUCAUCACAAUAACUCCAUACCUAAAUGUAGAUCUUGCUGUCUUAGUCUUGCCUUCAGCAAAACUAGCAUUAUAUUAAUUUUAGCUGAUCUGCCUUAUCAUGACAGAAAAAUAUAUCGUCUUAUAUACUAAUUAUAAUGUGCAAUCCGUGAUUUAAGAUUUAAACUGUAAUCAGUGCAAUAAGUAGUUAAUUUUUAACAUUAAAAAAAAACUAAUAAUUUGUCAGCUAUUUUUUUUAUUAUCUUUCAGUAAUGUGUCAGUUCAAAUUCAAAAUAGGCAAUUGCACGCUUUAGUUAAUUUAUCAGAUAAUCCAGUGAUUUCUAUUUUUAAUUUUGUCACCUAGCCCUACCAAUGGCCUAUACUCUUUUCCAUUCUUAGUCCAUUCUAAUGCUGACUUUUAUGCAUUUUUAUACCUACAAUAUAUUGAGAUAUUACAAAAAUUGUUUGACAUCUAUGCUACAUAUUUUAAUUAGAAGCAGUUGAGUAGUAAAAAUUUAUUAAAACAGAUCUUUUUAAUUUGAAACUUAAAGCUACAUCUAAAUAAUCUGUCAAAUGAAAAAAUAUAUUACUGAAUUAAGUUGGUUAAAACUGAAUUAAACAUUACUUUUCUUUUGGUUUACUAUGUUACAAAAAUGUUUUUAAUUACAAAAUUCUUACAAUUUUCCCUAGCUGCCAAUUUGUAAUGACAUGAUAAAUAACAGACUUUUUUUCCAACUGUAACAAAUGACUAAAUAUUGUAUGAAUAUAUUACAAGCAAUAUAUUACAGAAUGUAUAAUAAUGUUACUGAAUACAAUUAA